AUGCCGCCAAAAAAAGAUAAACCUUCAGGAGCCCAAUAUCGAAAGCGUAGAGCUCAAGCUCAAUUAGAAUUAGAAAAAAAUACUCAUGUUAAACAUAAUAAUGAAGAAACGUUGACCUCUCCUACUUUAACAUAUUUUCCUUGUGAUGAUAAUAAUUUUGAUAUUGACAUUAAUAGUAGUAAAAGUGCAUUUGUGAACAAAACAGUUGAGAUGAGCGAUAAACCGAUAACCGAUGUUUCAAAAUCCGUUGCAUUUAUUUCUCAACCUGAUUUAUUCGACCCAUAUUUAUGGCCAGAUAACAGACAGAAUAACUUAAUAGACAUAGUUAUUAAGAUGGGACCACGCAAUAAUGACUGGAAACAUAUGACAACAAUACUUAUUUCUCAUGAAAAAUCACCUGAGCAUUUUACUGCAUACAAAAAGUGGCACGAAUGUGAAUUAAGAUUAAACCUUGGUAGAUGUAUUGAUAAUGACCUGCAACGAGUAAUGAAUACAGAAGUUCAAUAUUGGAAAAGUAUUUUAGAAAGGUUAAUAUCUAUAACUUUAUACUUAUCCAAACACAAUCUAGCUUUCCGAGGAUCGUCUGAUAAACUAUUUGAAAGAAAUAAUGGAAACUAUUUGGGGUUAGUAGAACUUUUAGGAAAAUAUGACAAUAAUAUGAAAGAAUAUUUAAAUCGAAUAACUACACAAAAACUCAAUCUAACUUAUUGCAGUAAGGAUAUUCAAAAUGAACUUAAAAAUCUAAUGGCCUCCAAAGUUUUAGAAAUCAUUCAGCAAAAAGUACAAGUCGCAAAAUAUUUUUCUGUGAUAUUAGAAUGUACUCCUGAUGUCAGCCAUUCUGAAAAAAUGUCAUUUACUAUAAGAUUUGUGGACGAAAAUAAUGGCAAUUUACAAGUAGCUGAGCAUUUUAUUGGUUUUAGAGAAGUUAGUGAAUCUACUGGAGAAAGCCUUACUGAGUUAUUGCUUAAAACGCUAAAAGAAAACAAUCUUGAUAUAAUGAACUGUCGUGGUCAGGGUUACGACAAUGGCGCGAAUAUGAAAGGUCAUAAAAAAUGUGUUCAAGCAAGAAUUUUAGCUUUAAACCCUAAAGCGGCAUUUAUGCCCUGUGGUUGUCAUUCUCUUAAUCUCGUUAUAUCUGACACAGCCUCGAAAUCCAAAGAAUCUAUCACUCUUUUUGGAAUUGUACAACGGAUAUUUGUUUUAUUUUCGGCUUCUGUUUACCGUUGGCAAGUACUAAAAUCACACUUACCUAACUUGACGAUUAAGCCAUUGUGUACAACCCGUUGGGAGAGUCGCAUAGACAGUGUAAAAGCAAUUCGAUAUCAAACAAAAGAAGUAUACGAUGCAUUAAUUGAAGUUGCGGAAUCAUCUAAGGCAGAUGCUAGAACAAGGAAUGAAGCAAGCAGUUUAGGCAAUCAAUUACUUGACUUCAAGUAUCAAGAAACAGGGUACGCAGAUGCGUCAAACUCUUCAAGAGAAAUAGCAGAGUCAUUAGGUAUAGACCCAAUUAUAAAAGAAGUACGAGUAAGACGUAAAAAAACUUUUUUUGAUGAAAACACCGAUCAAGAUUUUUUGAUUAGCGCUGAAGAACGUUUUAAAAGAGAAUUUUUCUACACUCUUGUAGACACAGUCAGAGAAUCUAUAAAAGAAAGAUUUACUCAAUUUGAAAAUCAUAAGCAGUUAUGGGGGUUUCUGUACAAUUUAGAAAAAUUACCAUCUUCUUAA